AUGGACGAUCCCGGAUUAAUAUUCUUUGAGCAGUACACGGGUGUCUUCGCAGACAUUGUCAUCCUUAUUCUUCCUAUCCCGAUGGUUUUGAGUGUCAGAAUGGAGGCCAAGAAGAAGCUAGCCGUGAUCGUAAUGCUUUCACUUGGAGCUGCAGUAUGUGCUGUCAGCAUCACACGGGUUGUGGCGACUUACUCGAUCGCCGGCGAAUACCUGAAGCAUCCCGACGACGUCAUUUAUUACACAGCACCUGUGUUCUUUUGGACCAACAUUGAACUAUCUUUGGGUGUUGUUUGCGCCUGUUUGCCCACGCUCCGGCCCAUUUGGUUCUACUUCUACCCUCGCGAAGCAACACAAACUGGUUCGAGCUACGGAUACGGAUCAUCAGGUCACGGCUUUGGCGCAUCCGCGCUGAACGGCACCACGAAAAGUACUACGUUUGGCGGCAAGUUGGUACGCAAGCCAUACCAGGAGAUUGACGAGAUCGAGCUGACAGCGCGCUCUGAAGCUCCUUCUACGCCUCCCGAAGAUGCCUCAACGCUAGGCAAGCGCGGUAUCACAAAGGAAAUCACGAUUCACCAGACGUUGGGAUGA